CCAACAAGCCAGCCGAGCGUGGGGCAUCCGGUCCCCUAAUUUAAUCGACGCCCGCGCGUUUCGAACCCGGGCAACUUGGGCGGAAUUAUCGCCCCCUUACUACCAGGCUACUACCUUGGGGCUCAAUCAAACAAUCAAAUCAUCGCUUGCGGUUCUCAGCUGGACGUUGGCUAUCUGCAUAUUUUCUUAAUUAUUAAAAUAGUAUCCUCAAAUUGUAGGCAACUUGCCAACUCUUCCCCUACCGUGAGAAACUGGCCUCGCUUAUCUCGACCGCCGAUCCCGGCCGUGGAAAUAUUUCAACCGAAGCCGACAAGCGCAAAGCACCCGCGCGUCACUCUUACGAAAGAGAAGGUCCCAACCCAAAUUACCGCAUCGACCCACUUACUGAACCCCAGCUAGACACGGCACCAGUACACAUGGCUCCCACGUCUGAAUACGAGGGUGUCCUUCUGGGUGUUUUAUAUUUCAACGAGAUUUAAUUAAAAUACGGGAGACGGGACCAGGGCAAAGAACAAAGCCAGCCACCAGCCAUUGGCCAUCACCGAGGUCUCUUUCUUCUCUCCUACGUCUCUCUACAAAAGCCCAGGCAAUAUGCUCGAAAAACUAAUGCUUACCUCCAAGCCUUAAACCCGUAAUACUACCAGAGCCCCCAUUUCCCAUCUACGAUGGCCAAAAAUCUCACCUUUUUCUUGGCUCUCCUCUCCUUUCUCCUCCCCGCUGCCUCCCAGCAAGAUGGUUUCAGUUACAGCGGCUUCAGCGGCGGGGGUGCCAACAGCAGCAACAUUAGCUUGAAUGGAGUUGCGGAGAUCGAACACAGCGGGAUCCUGCGGCUGACGAACGAGACGAGCCGCCUCCUCGGGCACGCUUUCUACCCCGACCGACUUCAGUUUAAGAACGCCACCGACGGCGCCGCUUUUUCCUUCUCCACCGCCUUCGCCUUCGCCGCCGUCCCCGAGUACGCCACGCUCGGUGGCCACGGCCUCGCCUUCGUCAUCGCUCCCUCCAAGGAGCUCGAAGGAGCUCUGCCCAGCCAGUACCUCGGCCUCCUCAACGCCAGCGACGUUGGCAACUUCUCCAACCACGUCUUCGCCGUGGAGUUCGACACCGUCCAGGAUUUCGAGUUCGGCGACAUCAACGACAACCACGUCGGGAUCGACAUCAACAACCUGGCCUCCAACGCCUCUGCCGCCGUCGCCUACUUCGGCUACGAUGGCAAGAAGAACGAGCUCAAUCUCAAGGGCGGGCACACGAUCCAGGCGUGGGUCGACUACGACGGCGUGGGGAAGGUCCUCAAUGUCACGGUUUCCCCUUUCUCCUCCAAACCCCCAAGGCCGCUCCUUUCCUUUCCCGUCGACUUGUCUCCGAUUCUUCAUCUCCAGAUGUUUGUAGGCUUCUCCGCCUCCACUGGGUUGCUCUCCAGCACCCAUUACCUCCUCGGUUGGAACUUUAAGAUGAAUGGCAUCGCCCAGUCCCUGGACCUCUCCUCCCUCCCUUCCCUCCCUCAACCCCAAAAGAAGGAUCACACCUUUGUCAUCGCCGUCUCGGCCACCUCCGUCGCCGUCCUCAUCGCCGUCAUCGUCGCCGCCGUUUACCUCUUCUACAAGAUCAAGAACGCGGACAUCAUCGAGCCCUGGGAGCUGGAGUGCGGCCCUCACCGAUUCUCCUACGGGGAGCUGAAGCGCGCCACCAAGGGCUUCCGGGACCGGGAGCUCCUGGGCUUCGGCGGCUUCGGGAAGGUCUACAAGGGGACCCUCCCCGACUCGCGUGCCGAGGUCGCGGUGAAGCGGGUCUCCCACGAGUCGAGACAGGGGAUCCGCGAGUUCGUGGCAGAGAUAGGCAGCAUCGGGCAGCUCCGCCACCGGAAUCUGGUCCAGCUCCAGGGCUGGUGCCGGCGGCGGGGCGACCUGCUCUUAGUCUACGACUACAUGCCAAACGGAAGCUUGGACAAGUUUUUAUUCUUGGACAGCGAAAACCAGCCUUCGAACAGCCUGCUCUCGUGGGACCAGCGGUUCCGGAUCCUCCGCGGCGUGGCCUCCGCCUUGCUCUACCUUCAUGAAGAGUGGGAGCACGUGGUGAUCCACCGCGACGUAAAGGCGAGCAACAUCCUCCUCGACGCCGAUAUGAACGGCCGGCUGGGCGACUUCGGGCUGGCCAAGCUCUACGAGCACGGGGCCAACCCGAGUACUACCCGGGUGGUGGGCACCCUGGGCUACCUGGCCCCCGAGCUCACCCGGACCGGCAGGCCUACCUCCAGCUCCGACGUAUUCGCCUUCGGCGCCGUGGUCCUCGAGGUGGUAUGCGGCCGCCGCCCCAUCGAGCCCAGGGCGAUGCCGGAGGAGCUCGUCCUGGUGGACUGGGUGUGGGAGCUGUGGAGCUCCGGGAGGUGGACCGACGUCGUGGACCCCCGUCUGGGCGGUUACUACGUGAGGGAGGAGGUGAAGGUGGCCAUCAAGGUGGGGCUCAUGUGCUCCCACCCGGCGGCGCCGUUGCGGCCCAGCAUGAGGGAGGUGGCGAGGUACCUGAACGGCGGGAAGGGGGAGGAGGUGCCGGAUCCGCCCAGCCCGCCGGUGGACUUUGAGGGGAUGAGCCCGGUCGGGUUCGACGCUUUCGUGCCCUCAUACCCGUCCUCGUCCUUCGAUAAGCUCUCCGCGUGUUCGAUCACCUCCGGCAGAGAUGUGCCCGUUUCAGCGGGCUCCGGGAAAGUGGGGCCCUUGGUCUACUCCACUCCGCAUUUUCGCGCCUCUCACGUGUGAACCUGUGACAUGGAACAGCUCCGAUUGAAGUGUCCUCAGACGCGACGACACGAUUACAUCACAUUAUGGUGCGGAAUGAAAUGUUGGCACGCAUCACGAAACGUGUGUGAUUUUCUUUCAUUUUUUUUAUUGAUCAUGUUGAUGUUGACUGGUCAACAAGUCAAAAGCCAGGUGUAACAAAAGCUGUGGGUCGAUAGCACCUAGCCGUGUGAUGAGCUGGUGAUGUUUUUUAUGCGUGCGUCGCUGGAUUGGUGCAACCAUUUAACGAAGUGGUGUCAAUUGAGGUCUGCAGGGCUCCGUAUUGACGAAUGUAUGAAAGCGUGUGACCAUCUUUAAUUAGUACUCCAGUUAACGGUCUGGGAGUUCAAUGAAUUACUAUAAAUUAUACUUUUUAAUAAUUGUCCAAUAGAACUAAAUGCGUGCUGUUUCGAUGCCUUGCACAA